CUCCUCCAACCCAUUCCAUCUCACAACAACAACAACAACCCAUUUGGGUAACAACUCCAUUUCAUCAAUCAACUUUUCAAAGCUUUAUUUUAAUCUGUCAUGGCCUUGCAGGCUCUCAACUCCCCAAACACCGCCUCUCUCGGCGGCUUCGAAGACGAGCCUAACCGCAACAUGAACCACCACCUCGCCGCGAAACGUAAGCGCUCCAAGAGGCCUCGCUUCGAGGACUCGCUUUCCGAAGAGGAGUACAUGGCUUUCUGUCUUCUCUUGCUCGCUCGUGGCGGCACCACCAACGCCACCGACACCACCGCUACCGCUACCGCUACAGCCGCCCAACUGCCGCCGCAUCCCCCUGCUGCUUCUUACAGGUGUGUUGUCUGCAGCAAGACUUUCGGCUCCUACCAGGCUCUUGGGGGCCACAAGGCUAGCCACCGUAAGUCUGACGCCACCUCCGCCGCCGUAGCCGCCACCGUCAAGACUGAAAUCCCGGCUGUCACCGCCGCGAGUGGUGGGAGGACCCACGAGUGCUCCAUCUGCCACAAGUGCUUCCCGACCGGGCAGGCCUUGGGAGGACACAAGCGCUGCCACUACGACGGUGGCAGCAGCACCGCCAACAGCGCCGUCACGACGGUUUCCGAAGGCGGCGGCGGAUCCUCCAGCCACGGCCAGAGCCAGACUCAGAGCCAGCGUGGGUUCGUACUGGACCUGAACUUGCCUGCUGAGCCGGAAGUGCUACAAGUGUGGACCGGGUUCGACAAGAAGAAGAGUACUCAAGCCUCCGCCGAGCAGGAGGAGGUGCAGAGUCCGAUGCCGGAGAAGAAGCCACGUCUGACAUUGGGGCCUGAGUGAAUUUGGACUAUAUGUAUGUGGUGAAUUACAGAAAUGUUUGUAGUAGCUAGCGUGUUCUAUCAAUUGGGGGUGGUGUACAUAGAAUUUAAUUUCAUUGGUUCGUUUCGUUCUUGUGAAAAUCAUCGUGUUGGUUCUUUGAUUCGA